AUGUCGGAUGUGUCGAACUCCUUCUCAGCUUGGGAGACCCUGCCGGAGGACGAACCUCCGCUGUGCAUCGCAGUUCGACGCCCAGUGUCACCUCCACGCCACUAUGAGGCGGUAAACCGUUGUGGAGGCUCUCUUUUACUGGAUAGAAAAAUUCCAGCACUAAACCUUAAACUAGAAAUUAAUGGUGUUGAGGAAUUCGGAAACUUCGCCACACCCGGAGAUAUUCACUUCUGA